ACCGCCAAGGGCCAAGAUCUUGGUAUCAGCAUUCCGAACUCCUGCAUCGUUUUCUUCCACAGUAAAGAACUCAAUCACGAUUUCUCAGUUCCAGUAAGAAACUUUUUGUAUCACAGGUAGGAGAACAGUUGUGUAUUUGGUGAAUUGUGGAAAAAAAAUGCUGUCAUUCUUGAAAAGAAGAUGCAAGGAAAGGAAAGUUUCAUCAUGGUUUCUGGAAAAUGGAAGCAACCUGUUGGAAGGUCUUGCUGCAGCAUCUAAUUGUGCAUAUGAUACUCCUUUUCGUAACUUCACAGCCAAACAGAUCAUUGGGGCGACAAGUAAUUUCUCAGAGUGUGUGAUGUCUGACGGAACGGGCUUUUUAUUCCGGGGUUCAUUCCAGCAUCGCCUUAUUUUAGUCAAGAAAUUUCGCAAUCGUUUAUCUAGCAAAAGAUUGUCUUUAUUCAUUAACCGUGACAUUGUAAUUUCGCUGACAAUGUGCCACCACAAAAAUGUUAUGACGUUCAUGGGUUGUUGUUUGGAUUACGAAGCUCCAGUCCUUGUAUAUGAAUAUGCAGGAGGUAGGCUUCUGCAUGACAUUCUUUACAACGGCAGAGGACAAACGUCCAUGACAGCUACUGAAUCAUUGCCCUGGAAAAUUAGAUUAAAAGUUGCCACUGACGUCGCUGGUGCUAUUUUCUAUCUCCAUACUGCAUUUGCAACGCCUGUUAUCCACAAGGGUUUAAGUGCACAUAACAUUAUCAUCGAUCAGUCAGGUAUUGCUAAGUUGUUAGACUUCUCACUAUGCACAUGUCUUCCCCCUGGGGAAUCACAAAUACAAGAAGACAUCGUUGUUGGAGUGACAGGGUACUUAGACCCUGAGUACGUGACCACGGGCAUUGUUACAGAAAAGACUGAUGUCUACAUGUUGGGAGUUCUUCUGCUAGUACUUUUAACUGGUAAAAGAUACCACAACCCUUAUGAUGGAUGCCUUAAUUUAGUGGAUUCCAUGCAAGAUCACAUUGAAAAAAAUUGCCUGAAUGAGAUUCUCGACAACUUCAUUGUUGAAGAGAAAGGAGAAAACAUGGAAAAGCAACUGUUGGAUGUUGCAAAGGUGGCCUUGAGAUGCACCCAACCUAAAGGAGAAGAUAGACCAAACAUUGUUGAGGUGGCAAAAGAACUGAGGGACAUUGAGAGGUCAAGUCGAUUUGGUUAACAUUGAGAUGCAUCUACAAUGUUGCCUCUUCAUUGCCUUUCAGCAUUCAUUUCUACAAGUGAAAUCCUCAGUUCCAGGAAAUCUUUUUUGUACAACUGAUCAAGGAAAAAAGUAGACUGAGGAGGAUCAUUUGGACCAAAUCAUGAAUGCAAGAAUCUUGAGACAUUGUGGGCGGGCGUCGAGAAGUAGCUGAUAGACUCCUUGAAGCUUGC